UGAAGAUCUGAACUUCAAACAUGGCUCGAAAUGCAGAAAAGGCCAUGACGGCCUUGGCCAGGUUUCGUCAAGCUCAGCUGGAGGAGGGAAAAGUGAAGGAGAGACGACCUUACCUUGCCUCAGAGUGUAAUGAGCUGCCCAAAGCAGAGAAGUGGAGAAGACAGAUCAUCAGUGAGAUUUCAAAGAAGGUUGCCCAGAUUCAAAACGCUGGUUUGGGUGAGUUUAAGAUUCGUGAUCUGAACGAUGAGAUCAACAAACUGCUCCGGGAGAAAGGGCACUGGGAAGUGCGCAUCAAGGAGCUCGGAGGACCCGACUAUAGGAGAUUUGGGCCGAAGAUGUUGGACCAUGAGGGUAAAGAGGUUCCUGGAAACAGAGGAUACAAGUAUUUCGGCGCUGCCAAAGAUUUACCUGGAGUUCGAGAGCUGUUCGAAUCUGAGCCUGUACCGCCACCCAGAAAGACACGAGCCGAGCUGAUGAAGGACAUCGAUGCGGAUUAUUACGGUUACAGAGAUGAAGAUGACGGGGUUUUACUCCCACUGGAACAGGAAUAUGAGAAACAAGUGAUGGCAGAGGCCGUGGAGAAGUGGAAAGCAGAUAAAGAGGCUCGAUUAGCCGUCGGUGGAGCCGUGAAAGACACUGAAGAGGAGGAGGAAUAUAUUUACGCUGUCAGAGACGAGGAGCGGUCUGAUGAUGAAACGGGAGAUCAGAUGGAGGGAGAGGAUGGAGCGCAGUCCUUCAUCUCUCAUGUUCCUGUGCCCUCGCAGAAGGAGAUUGAGGAAGCGCUGGUGAGGAGGAAGAAGAUGGAGCUGCUGCAGAAAUACGCCAGCGAGAGUCUGAUGGCACAGAGUCAAGAGGCCAAAGCUCUGCUGGGUUUAUAGUGGACCAGCGUUUGGGUUUGACUGCUUCAUAUUCCAGUCUUGCAUCUUAAUGCGUCCAGAUUCUUAUGAUUUCAGAUGAGAACACAUUAGCAGACUAAUAACAGCGCUGAUGCUGGAGUACGCUGAAUGUGAUUAAAUGUGCUUGAAGAUGCUUAAAGGGACAGUUCACCCAAACAUUACAACAUACUCACCGAUUACUCAUGUGGAUGCAGACCUUUCUGUCUUCUGCUGAACACUAAAGAAGAUAUUCUGGAGGAAGGUAGAAGCAUGUAACCAUUGACUUCCAUAGUAGGGAAAACUAAUUCAGUGGAAGUCGAGGGUUUCCAGUAUUACUUUUCUUUUUAAAAUAUAUUUUAAAAUAAACAAUGCUGAUAGACAGAAGGAGAAUAACAAAAUAAGACAUACACAGUGAAGUGUUGGAGAUAAACAAAAUAUUACAGACAUACUAGUAUACACACACUUUAUUAGUGCAUAUAAUAAUGUAAAAUGUUAUAUAUAAGUAAUAUACUGACCUCUAAAUGGUAAAAUUAAAAAAGGGGGAAACAGUAAUAAUCAAUAAAUAGUUAAUAGAUGCAAAUUUCUGCCUUUAUUUUGGAAAUUUCUGUGAAAAUGUUUUGUGAAAUUUCUUUUUUCCACUUCUGUGACUCGAUCACUGUAAAGUCUUAUAUUGUGAAAGAGAGAUCUGUUUAUAUUUGUAACAAGCACAUACACCCAUCCAGAUUUCCAGCAUGUUUCUAAAUAUCUUCUUUAAUGUUCAACACAAGACUCAUAAACGUUUGAAACCAGUAACAAGCUAUAAAUUAUGACCGAUUUUUCAUCAUUGGCUGAACUAUUAUCCAAAACUGAACAUUUCCUCACAAUUUCCUUAAACUUUUAUUGAAUUUCUUCCUUCUGUGGAACAUGAAGCAUGAUGUUGUGGAGGAAAAGCAGCCAUUAAAAUCAAUAGUAGGAACAAAACUGAAUUCUAUGGAAGUCAGUGGCUGCUCUUCCAGCAUUCUUCAGGAGAAAGCAAAACUCAAACGGGUUUGGAUCAAGCAGAGGAUAUAACGACAGAAUUUAAUUUUUGGUGAACUGUCCCUUUAAUCUCCGGCUGUUGAUCCUAUAAAUGUGUGUGUGUGUCAGUAUCUGCCUCAAACACACCGUCAGAUCUGUCUGUUAAUGAACUGUUUCUGUAUUUUGUGUUUGUUUGUGGUGGUGAACUGCAUUAUGGGAUGUUGAUCUCUGCGCUGUCCUCUUGUGAUGUUGAUAAUUCAACUCUACAGUUUAACAAAGUGACUUUUACUGAUUUUUUUGUCAUUUAAAAUAAUAUAAUGUAUAAGAAUUAAUAUCUAGAGAAAUAAGAAAUAACAGAAAAUGUUCUGCAGUUUAAUGCAAGGCUUCUGUAGCGUAAUAUACAACACCAACACACACACACACUGGACACGUGCAGAACACACACUUUUACAGGUUGAGAGUUGUUGGAGGGAAGAUCAAGAUCCCAUAAUGCAACUCAAAAACAUUAAUAAUAUAUAUGGGGGAAUAUUAAAAACAUGAAGCACAAAAUGCAGAAAGUGUAUUGAUGGUUUUAGUGUCUGAUUAGAUCCCUCGUGUUUCAGUCAGUGUUAUGGGCUGUACUGUCACAGUACCUGUCUCAUGCUGAUCAUGCUGAAUUGUGCGUUGCAUUUGAAACUGGAUGACUUGUAGUUGUUUUUGUUGUUGAAAAUUAAGAAAUCUUUAUUUGUUCAACCGUCAAAAGUAAACAUCUGUAAAUAUUUUGUACACUAUUUUCACUUUUGGACAAGUAAAAAUGCUUUUUUU